GCAAUUUUCCUAAACACUGAACGAACAGCUGAUCAAUCAAAAUACGCUGACGAAAAAUACUGUGUAAAAAAGCGAGUUCUAAAUCUCAUAUCUUUGGUUUGAGUCUUUAAUUAAAUGAUAGUUUUUAUACUUAUUAAUUAUGGCGACUAUGGUAAAAGAAAAACGCCGAGAGAAAAAGAAAACAAAGAACAAACAGUUACCUGAAAUAAAAUUGUGCAAUAAAGAACUAGAAUCUCCCAUACAUGACAACAAUUCAGAAGAUAAAGAUGUUCCCCACGUUGCAUCUAGUUUUAUUACUGAAGAGCAACCUUCCAGCUCAAGAGAUCAUUCUAACUUAGAAAAAGAUACAACCCCAGAAGAAGACCAAGAUGUUUCAACAAAUGACAAUAUUGAAAAGCAACAAAUUUCUUCAAUUAUUGGUAUACCUAGUUUUAAAAGUGAUACAAGUUCGAGUGAUAAUAGAGUGCAUAAGAUGAGUAAGGAAAAGAAUGAAAAAGAAACACAAAAUGUAAUAAGUGAUGGACAGAAAUAUUUAGAACAUAAUAUAACUUUAGAUUCAAGUAUUUUACCUAGUUUAGUGACUCCAGAAGCUGUGAUAUUAUUAAAAGAUAUUGUAGUACCAUCUGCGCCCCUAGCACCAGUGGAAAUUGAAAAUCAACCUUAUAUUUCUACUGUGCCAAGUGAAAAUGUUCUAGAAAGAGACAAAAUUACAUGUAUGCCACUAGAGGAAGCAAUCAGAGUGUUUGGGGGGCAUGAGAUAGCUGAAGUUAAAGCUUUGAGUCAGAAAGAGGAAGCUAUAGUAGAGUUUGGACCACAGAGUGGACCCGACCAUCCAUUGGUCGACCUUCUGACUACUUUUAGAACAUCUCUGAUAUCAAUAGAUCGUGAACGCAACCGCAUAAGCUCCGGUUACGUCGAGGAAGAGAAAUCGCGAGCUGCGUUAUGGAAGGUAGAGAAGUGCAGUAUCAACGUAUCGCAGGCGUGCCCGUGCGGGGCGGACGUGAGCUUGCAGGCGGGCUACGAGGUGGCGCAGUUGCAGAGCGAGAACAUGCCGGCUGCGAAGCUGAGGCUGGAGUCCCUGCUGAGGGACGUGCGGGAGGGCUACUGCCACCACCAGCACGCGGCGCUGCGGGCGCACCGUGACGUAGACGAGCUGGUGGCAGAAAUCGUCACCAGCAAUAAGGGCAACGUCCGCGAGGCGUUGCUGCUGGUGCUACAAGCGCUGCAGCUCAGCGACGCGGCGCCCGAGGCGUACGCUCAAGCGCUGCAGCGCUGGGCGAGCAUGCUGUCGUUUUCCCUGCUCGAUCAGAGGGACUUGGGGCACUUGCUGUUUCUGCUGCAUUGUCUCUUUAGGCAGACGCGCUCCGUGCGGUGGGCGCGGCGCGGCAUCGAGCUGGCCGUCCCCGACCUGCCGGCGGCGGCGCGCCUGCUCGCCGUACUCGAACUGCUCCUCACCAGGCCGCCGCUGGAGGAGGCGCACGAGUGCACGGAGGAGUCUGAAGCUUGGGAGGAAGUUGAUGACCGCGGGGAGGGCGGUGCGGUGGGGGAGGGGAGGUUCCGUGAGCGUGACCUGCUGGCUCUGCUGGAAGCCUUGCCGCUGCAAGACAUGAUCGCGAGAAUAUUGCUCUUCGUGAGAACCGAUAUAGAGACGGAGGAGGAGUGUAUGUGGGGCGGGCGCGGCGGGCGCGGCGCGCUGCGGGCGGGCUGCGGCGUGCGCGCGGUGCUGAGCGUGCUGCGGCGCGCGGGGGCGGCGCACGCGGGCUACGCGCGCCUGCGCGCCCGCCUGCGCCGCCUGGCCGCCGCCGCGCUGCGGGGCCUGGCCGCGCUGCAUCUGCACUGCAGAUAUGACUACGAGCAAGGAUUACAAAAGAGUAUAACAGCCGAGUUGGAAGCUUGUUUCGCGGCCGGAGUUAGCUUGCUGACGGACGAGUUACACGUUGUGCCCGCCACGCUGCUGUGUGACGACGUCGCGAGAGAUUACUGCAGCACCUUGAUCACUGGCCUUCAUGAGAAGUCCGCGUUGCGCGUGGAGUCGCUGUCGCUGGCGCUGGCGCCGCAAGCGUGUGCGCUGCGCGUGCGCGCCGUGGCGCAGGCCGCCCUGGACCGGGAACUGGACCACGAGCUCGCGGGCUUGGCGCUGGAGUUUCUCUUUCAGGUGGGAAUUAAACGCAAGUCAGUUUGCAAAGACUCGUGUGACAUCACCGCGCGGGAGAUGUUGCCCCAACUGCUGACUCGAGGGCAUCUGCACACAACGGCGUUCCACAUGCUAGCAGAUCUGAACCAAGGUCGUUGUGUAGCGACGGGCGUGGCGCCGGGCGAGCUGGUUGCGCUGGCACCGCGGCGCUGGCGGCCCGCGGGCGCCGAGCUGCGGGCGCUGCUGGACGACUGGGCGGCCCGCUGCGCGGCGCUGGUGCCGCCCCUGCUGCUCAGCCUCGACUACGAGCCGCACACGGGUGUCUCUCUGGAGAGCCAGCUCCUCAUCGGCUCGUGGGUGUGUGCGUGGCUGCGUGCGAAGGGCGAGAGUCCGGAGUGGGCGUGGCAACUGCUGCAUGCGCUUCGGGUUCACCGCACGCACUGGGGCCUGCCGAUGGACGCGGCUCCGCUGGACGCGGCUCCGUUGGAGGAGCCCGCGGACCUGCUGUCCACGGCCUACGCGCUGCUGGCGGGCGACUGGGGACACUGCUUGCCUUUGGUGUGCGGGCCGGGCGCGGGCGCGCUGGCGCGGCUGGCGGCGGCGCGGCCGGCGGAGGCGCUGCUGUGCGCGGGGCCCGUCAUGCGCGUCAUGGCGCAGUCGCCGGAGUCCGUCUCGCUCACACCCAAAUUUGCCGAAGUGUUCACUUUGAUUUUAAACUCCGGUCCGAACCUCGUGCAGCGCGCGCUGGGCCGGCGCGCGCCCGGCGGCCCCGACUCGCUGCAGCGGCUACUGCUCGAACACGCGCAGGACACCAGGAUCUCAAAGCUGGAACGCAGCGCACUGCUGUCGGCGUGGAUGCACGCGCUAUGGAAGCCGGGGGUACCGGACGCCGGCCGCGCGGCGCUGGACGCGGCCGUGCGCGCCGCCCGCGCCUGGCGCACUCUGGACGCACACGCCGCACUCUUGUUGCAGGAAGAAAAUGCCAAAGAAUACAUAACCGACGCAGUCCGGAACGUCUCCCAGGCGCCUCUGCUGUGCGAGUCCAUUCUACGCAACGCGUACGCACUGGAAGUACAGACACACGCUCACGCGAGGUUGAUGGACGAGCUCGCCAAGCAGAGAGCUGCCGGUCAGAAGAUCCAUGUGGAUAAUGCGCUGAAGCAAAUAGGCGCAAGUGCGAGCGCCGACGAGUUGGCCAUCCACCGCUGCGCGUGCGCGGCGCUGGCGGCGGCGCCGCGCCACCCCGCGCACGCGCUGCUGUGGCGCCUGCUGCUGCACAUGUUCCUGCAGCGCGCGGCGACACCGCAGACAUCGUUCCCGGUCGGGCCACUUUUCUUCAGCGGGCUGGUCAAGUCCCGUACCCUUACGCAACUGAAGAAACGUCUCCGAGAAGUAGCCGCUUACCACAGAGCUCGAACGGAAGUUCUUAAAACCAAAGAAGGAAACGUAGUUAACCCGAGUACAUCAGAAAGUUCCAAAACGAAAAAGUCUAAUUCCAUUUCUGAAAACAAUUUAUUUACAACUCUAGCCAUCUUCGAUUUAACGGGUGUAUCCGAUUCUGAUUCUGAUGAUAGUUUAUCGGAUAGAGACAGCAAUGUACAUGAUGAGAAAGGCGCGAGAGAGACUAGCGUUGAUCGUGAUACGCAUAAUCUUAUAUGCUACCAUUCUGCUGCGGAGAAGAUAUUCCGUGAGUAUUCAGUAUGGCUGGAGGAAGGAGAGAAGGUUCGCGCCACUCCACUCCACGCCGAUGUCGCGCGGUUUAUUUCCGAGCAGGCGCUCGAAACAGCUUGGCGCGCUUCCUUGAGCCAGGUAUCACCCGUGGCGGACUCUCCACCCGCCCCAUUAGGCGCGCAGUCGGCGCCGCAAGCAUACACGACGCAUUUUGAACGCGCCGUCUCGGCGAUCAUGGACAUCAAGAGUAAAAAAAGACGCCGCAGGUACAAAAUGCCGGAUUUACCGACCAUCAAAGAUGACAUGUACUUUAGAGAUACAAAAUUGGUCGUUGAAACAAUUCAGCAGCACCUGACAGAACUAGAAAAUUUUACUAAGGAGUGGGUGUCGGAUCUGGAGCGUGUGACAAAGUUGGACGGCCAGCUGUGGGAGCUGGUCAGCCGGCACCGCGUGCGCCGGCCGCUGCCGCCCGUGCGGAGGCCCUGCCCGCAGGGCUGCAAGCCCGUCACUAUUCAUAUCGCGAAAGACGAAUGGUGUAUAUCGACUGGGGCCGAACAAGGAAUACAGGAGAAUCGCCGAAGUGCGCGCGCGGCCAUCCGCCAGCUGUCCCGGCCGCGGCCGCUGGAGGCGCAGGUGACGUCGCGACUGCACUCGAUAGGCAGGCGCGUCCGCAGCCAGGAGGCGGCGCUGCGCGUGGCCGAGCUGGCCGCCGCCGCGGCGCCGCGCACGCAGCAGUGUGCGCCCGCACACGACGCCGUGUGCGCGCUCGUCGCCGACGUCGCCGCGCGCUUCCUCAGCGCGGACGGGCCGCUGGCGGCGCGGCUGCUGGGCCGCUGGGGCGCGCGCGCCGCGCUGCAGCCGCUGUGCGCGCAGCUGACGCCGCCGUGCUGCGCCUGCCGCUCGCGCCGCACGUGGCCUUCAGCUACCUCUCCAAGUAAUGUGGUCCGGCAGUUCGAGCUGGUGCCGUGGGCGGACGCGGCGGCGCCGAGCCAGCGCGCCCAAGUGCUGGAGGCGCUGGCGCAGGCCGCGCGCGGGCUGGGCGCGCGGCCCGACCCGCAACAACUGAUGCUGCUGGAGCUGCUAGCAGUGCAUUCGCAGGCGGUGGCGCGCGCGCCCGAGCUGUGCGCGCACGUGUUGCACUGCGCGCGCCUGGCGUGCGCGGGCGCCGGCCUGCCGCCGGAAUACCUGGCGCACGUGGUCGAAGUCGUGGACAAAUACGGCGACGAAGUGGAUUUUGAUCAGCUGGGACAUGUGCUUCGGCAACUGGGCGUGAUGUUUUGGACGGCUUGCGACUCGGGGGCGAUAGAAAGCGCGACGCACGCAACGUACGCGGCGCACUUCGCGGACAUCUUGUGCGCUCUGCUGCGGGCGUUCGUCGCGGCCGCCGUGCGCCGCACCUACGAACCGGUAAGAGUGUCGGUGUACGCGUGGGCGGCGCUGCGCGAGAGCUGGGCGGCGUGGCUGCAGCCGGGCCGCGCGCCGGCGCUGGCGCCCGACGCCGGCGCCGCCAUGCUGGCGCGCUUCGUCGACGCGAUCGCGAUGAUCAUGCUCGAGUGCCCAGGCUGCGAGGACGGCCUGCUGCGCCAGGUGUUCGAGUGGGCGGUGCGCGCGCACGGCUGCCCCGAGCGGCGCGCGCAGGCCGCGGCGCUGUUGCCGCCGCUGGGCGCGCUGCCGUGGCACCGCCAGUGGCUCCGCGCGGACGCGCUCGCGCUGUGCUGCCAGGUGAGCCGGUCCGGCGAGGCCGCGCUGGCGGCGUGGUGCGGCGCGUGCCUGCAGCACCAGCAGGCCGCGAGCUGGCUGCGGGGCGCCUCGGAGGACCAGCUCCCGGCCGCGCUGCCACUGCUGCUGGAGCUCUUCACCUCCAAGCGGCUCGCAUUGCCCCGCCAGGCGCUGGAGGAGGCGCGGCGGGUGCCGUGGGCGCGGCUGGGCGAGGCGGCGCUGGCGGACGCGCUGGUGCGGUUCUUCGCGGAGCACCACUCGCCCGCACUGCCCUACCACCGCGCGCCACAAUUCAGGUGCCCGAUACGAUCACACACCACCACUCAAAUACACGUACACUUGUUAGCACUGAAAUGUACAUCAUCCACUAGAACAUAUCAACUGCUAUUUCAUUUAACAGACACAAACAAGUACGCUUUCACGUUUAUAAUAUUAGUAAGCAUUAGUUUUAGUAACAUCGUUCCUUAUAUUAUCAAAGGUGAAAGUGUGUUUGUUUGUUUGCCCUUUCUUCGUGCCCUAACAAAGCAACAAAGCAUGUGCAUUUUUGGUAUAGAGCUAGUUGAAAGGACGAAGAGUAACUUCAUCCCCGAACGAGCUCGGUGCGUGUCUGCUGUUUUAUUGUUCGCGAAUAAUGAGUUACUUCACAGAGUCGUACUGUCGGCUUGCCAACUCGACCCAGAGCAGGCGGAAUCCCUGCGGCUGGGCGGGGCGGCGGAGAAGCGCGCGCUCGGCGUGUCGCAGUGGGUGCGCGCCGCGUGCGCGCCCGCGCUGGCCGCGCACGUGGCCGAGCACGCGGCGCGCGCGCUCGCCACGCUCUCUGAACUAGCCCCGCACUUGGAAGAGAACGCGGAGGAAGUGGAUCAGCUUCUGAGCCGCGCGAUCGUCGUGCUGUGCGUGGAGCCGGCGGCGGGCGCGGCCUUCCCCGUGUGGCUGCAGUGGGUGCCGGCGUGCCCGCCGCGCAUGCGCCGCGCCGCCGCCGCGGCCGUGGCCAGCCUCACCGCGCAGCACUACUUCGCGGCGCUGGGCGACGCCGUGGCCAAGGCCAUACUCAAUGAGGAAGGGAGCGGCGGCUGGCGCGAGCUGGCCUGGCGCUGGGCGCAGUGCCCGCGGCGGGAGGCCGCCGGGCUGCUGGCGCGCGGCCGCCUGCACGCCGCGUACGCCAUGCUGCUGGCGCGCCCGCACUCGCCCGCGCUCCUGCGCCACGCCUUCGACGCGCUGCGAGCGGCGGACGUCGACUUUGCUCGCGACGAAGUGAUCGUGUGCGUGUGGGUGUGCGUGGCGGCGCGCGCCGCGGCGCCGGGCGCGGACGCGGAGUGCGCGCAGGCAGCACGCGCGCUGCUGGCGCGCUGGGCCGAGCAGCGCCGCUCGCUGCUGCAGCUGGUCACGCUGACCUCGGCCGCCUGCCCCACGCCGCAACAGCGGCUGUUGCUGCGGCUGGCUGCGUGCGUGGCGGCGCCGUCGGCGGCCUACGAGCAGGCGUGCGAGGCGGCGGGCCAUGCGCACGCGCAGGCGUGGGCGCGCGCGCCGCACGCCGCGCAGCUGCCGCGCCUCGCCGCACGCCUCUACCCGCGCCACGAGGUAUACUUCAAAGAAGAACUAGAAAUGUCCGCCAACUUGGAGUGA